GCUACUUGGCUGCUGAAACUCGAAGUGCAGAGAAGAAACGACUGGAUUCCAGCAUCGUCUCGAGUCAACGCCCGGGACUGCGGUCUUCCGUCAAACACCAGAGUCCACGGCAACUCAUGUAACGGCGAAGAAAGCAGCACAAGCCCGUUCGCGAGCUACUUUGGGGAGGCGUUCUGCGGCGUGUUCGCAUCUCCCCCACCGCCCCCGCUGCUGGGUGGGAUCAGUGUCAGCUUGUGAGUGUGGAUACUGUGGGUCAGCAAAAGCAGGGCAAGUACCCCAGGAGCCUUCGCAGUCUAUGGGAACUGCUACGGCAGUCAAUGCAGUUUUCCACAGGCCCUCUUCUCCUGUGGCUGAGAACCCAGCAGCACCAGCAGCAUGUCCCACGUCUCCUCCACAGCCAAGCGCUAUGCUGGUCCGUCCUACACCAGCCACUACAGCUCCCCCUUAACCCCGAGCCUUAGCUCCUACGGCGAGCGGAACAGGUUGUCCUACAAGUCCCCUGCCUCUUCUACCUCUUCCUCAGGUUACACUUCUUCCAGCUAUCUGAGCAGCACCACGGGGCGCAGCCGCAACUACAGCACCUGCCUGGACCCAGACCGAGGCCGGGUUAUCCCACGGACGGACAUCCUUGGAAGUAGCAGCAACCGCCGCAGUGAAAGCCUCAGUCGAACCCCUGUCAAGAGCUAUGCAGGUUCUGGACUUAGUGGCGGGUCAGCCUACACAACAUAUAGUUCCUACUCUUCCCCCUCAGUGCAGUCCAGCUACCUCUCCUCUUCACCGGUGGCCUCCAGAAUGUCGCUUAAUCGACGAAAAUCAGCAUCCCAGAGUGACUUAACCAAGGAAUUGGCUGCUCUGGGCCUCAAUGACAUCUCCCCCUCCUCCUCCUCCAGCCCGUCUUCCUCCUCCACUGCCCAGAGGAGCUAUCGCACUCGGGCCAGUGAGGUGGCUAACACGUAUGGCACUAACUCCUCAGGCUUGGCACGGAGCUCAACUCAGGAGACCCUCCCAUGGAGCUCCACCAAGGAGGGCAUCUGUAACAGCGGCAGCAGCAGAUCAUACAAUUCGUCCGCGUGGGAGCCAAGUGGUGUAUCCAUGUCCCCCACUAGGGACUCUACAAACUCAAAAAGUGCCCAGGGACUGGUGGGACUGAAAAACCUGGGAAACACUUGUUUCAUGAAUAGUAUCCUGCAGUGUCUCAGCAACACACACAGCCUGCGAGACUACUGCCUGCACAACUCGCACCGCAGAGACCUUAAUAACAACAGCCGUACCAACACAGCCCUCAUGGAAGAAUUUGCCAAGCUGAUACAAACCAUGUGGUCGUCAACCAGCAGUGAAGCUGUCAGUCCGUCUGAAUUCAAAACACAGAUCCAGAGAUACGCUCCUAGAUUUGUGGGAUACAACCAACAGGAUGCUCAAGAGUUUCUGCGCUUUCUGCUGGACGGCCUGCACAAUGAGGUCAACAGAGUCACAGUCAGGCCGAGAGGCACUGUCGAAGAUUUUGAUCACCUGCCGAAUGAGGAGAAAAGGAAGAAGAUGUGGAGUAAAUACCUGGAGAGAGAAGACAGUAAAAUUGUUGACUUGUUUGUUGGGCAGCUCAAGAGCUCUCUGACUUGUAGCCACUGUGGUUUCUGCUCGACUGUCUUUGACCCUUUCUGGGAUCUGUCCCUGCCUAUUGCCAAGAAGGGCUACGGUGAGGUGAGCCUCAUGGACUGCAUGCGGCUCUUCACCAAAGAAGAUGUCCUCGAUGGAGAUGAGAAGCCAACGUGCUACAAGUGCAAAGCUAGAAGAAGAUGCACCAAGAAGUUCACAAUACAGAAGUUCCCCAAGAUCUUAGUGCUGCACCUCAAACGCUUCUCGGAAGCAAGAAGAACCAGCAAACUGUCAACCUUUGUCAACUUCCCUCUGAAGGAUCUUGACUUGCGAGAGUUUGCCUCCGAAAACAGCAUAAAUGCAGUGUACAACCUGUAUGCUGUGUCCAACCACUCAGGCACCACAAUGGGGGGUCACUACACAGCCUACUGUCGCAACCCCACAUCUGGGGAGUGGUACACCUUCAACGACUCUAGAGUAACGCCAAUGUCCUCCAGCCAAGUGCGCAGCAGCGACGGCUACGUCUUGUUCUACGAGCUGGCUUCCUCCUCGCGCAUGUGAAGCCUCGCAGACGACGGCAGCACUGCUCUCGACAGACGGUCGGAUGGAAAAUGUGUGACAACACGCGCACGAAGGCUUGCCUCCGCCAGGAUGGAGGCUGCUUCUCUCAGCAGAGAGGGUGGGAAAAGGGAUCCGCAAGAAUGUGGUCACCAGCCCAGCUUUCGUCGUCCUUGUCUGUACUCUCGCUGACAUUUUCAUGCAGGGUAGAGGUGUGUGUCUGUGUGUGUGCGUGUGUGUGUGUGUGUGCGUGUGCGUAUAUUUGUGUGUUAGACAGACACAGGGCAAUAAUCCCAUUCACCCGAGGAACCCAUGCACCUCCAUCUCCCAAGUCUCUAUGCACCACAAGCUCGACUCCUGACUGCGCCUUCACUUUUUCUUGGUUGCCUCACACCGUUCAAAAGAUUUGCAGGAUUUUUGACUCCUUUCUGCUUUUCAAUAUUUUUGUUGUCAUUUUUGUUAUUUGAGGUUGGUAAAUCACCUUAGUCUAAUCGUCUUGACUGCCAUUUUAGACAUCAGCAGAACCGUCAUCAUUGCGUAAUUGUAACAGGACUGGUCACGAUUACGAGCCGCUCGCAGCCCACCGGCCACUUCUACUGCACCAAAACGCUCUUUUGUCUUUGUCAGCAUCAUCGCCACUUUUUUUCCUCUAAACAUGGCUGUGAGGCCGAAGGCACUGUGAGCAUUGUAUGGCUAAUUGAGUUUUUUUUUUUUUAACCCCUUACAUUGUUGCUACCGAUGGUUUCCGCGUUGUGAAUGAGUGAAUGGGCUUGCAUCUGAUAAGGAUUCAUUAAUAUUUAUAAAAGUAACAGUUAAGUCCUCAUCAGUCGUCAUGAGGCUUCCUCUCCUGUUUCAUGCCGUUGAACAACAAGGAAAGAAUGUUUUUAAAGAAGACAAAAAAAAAAAAAAACGAUGUAUUUUUAUAUCCUGAUGCAAUAUAAAGAAUGUACUAUUCAUUGGUGCUGACGCUGACCCAUAACUUUUCAUUUGGUUUAUUUACCAGAUUUCAAGAGAGAGAGAUAUUUAUGCCUAAAAGUUAUUGUAAUGAGUCACUUUUUGACAGUCGCAUUAAAGAAAAUGAGUAAAUAUGGUCUAUGGAUAUAUGAAUAAAAUUCCACAAAACAGUA